GUCUGGAAUGUUCCCCAAAAUAUGACAAUUAAUAGCAAGACAAAUCCAUUUAUUCACCUUCCCUUUGUCUUUCUGUUAAUACUUAUUCUCCUCUCUGCAUCCCUGACAUUCAGGGAUCAAACAUCAUCUUUGCUAAAACUUCCAUUUUGUAUCUUUCAGUUUGUGGAAACUCAGGGACAAAGUAUAUUCAUCUUAUCAACUAUCAAACAUUUAUCAUCUCUCCUCUGUCCAUUUCACUGCUAACUGUGGUUUAGUCCACAGAAUAAGAAUGAACAGAUUUGUCCUUUCCCCUCACCAAUUAAUCAAAUGGCCUUUACUUAAUCAUAAAUUUGACAUUUUAUAAUGCUUAGAAAGCUUUAUACCAAGGAUUGGCAAACCUUUCCUGUUAAGGGUCAGACAGUAAAUGUUUUAUUUCAUCUUUGUGGCCACAUAUGGUAUAAUCUCUCUUUUUUUAGACAAUCCUUUAAAACCGUAAAAACCAUUCUUAGCUUAAGGGUUUUAAGACAGGCCAGGGUUGGCAGGAGUUGGCUGAUCCCUGCUCUGCGCUAUUCUGAUUAAGAAUAUUUCUGGGGGGCCUAGCUGGUCAGUCGGAGGAGUGUAUGACUCUUGAUCUUGGGUUUGUGGGUUCAAGCCCAUGUUGGGUGUAGAGAUCACUUUAAAAAAAUAAUUGAGUCCUUUCUGCCCGUGGAUGCUGCCGAGUAAGCAUCGUUAAAGUCUCCCCUCCCACCGCCGUCAUGUCUAAGUCAGAGUCUCCCAAAGAGCCUGAACAGGUGCGGAAGCUCUUCAUUGGAGGUUUGAGAUUUGAAACAACCGAUGAGAGUCUGAGAAGCCAUUUUGAGCAAUGGGGAAUGCUUACGGACUGUGUGGUAAUGAGAGAUCCAAACACCAAGUGCUCCAGAGGCUUUGGGUUUGUCACAUAUGCCACUGUGGAGGAGAUGGAUGCAGCCAUGAAUACAAGGCCACACAAUGUGGAUGGAAGAGUUGUGGAACCAAAGAAGGCUGUCCCAAGAGAAAAUUCUCAAAGAUGUGGUGCCCACUUAACUGUGAGAAAGAUUUUUGUUGGUGGCAUUAAAGACGACACUGAAGAACAUCAUCUAAGGGAUUAUUUUGAACAGUAUGGGAAAAUUGAAGUGAUCGAGAUCAUGACUAACCGAGGCAGUGGCAAAAAGAGAGGUUUUGCUUUUGUAGCAUUUGAUGACCAUGACGCUGUAGACAAGACUGUCAUUCAAAAAUACUAUACUGUGAAUGGCCACAACUGUGAAGUAAGGAAAGCCCUAUCUAAGCAAGAGAUGGCUAGUGCUUCAUCCAGCCAAAGAGGUCAAAGUGGUUCUGGAAACUUUGGUGGUGGUCGUGGAGGUGGUUUUGGUGGGAAUGAUAGCUUUGGUCGUGGAGGACACUUCAGUGGUUGAGGUGGCUUUGGUGGCAGUCGGGGUGGUGGUGGAUAUGGUGGCAGUGGGGAUGGCCAUAACAAAUUUGGUAAUGAUGGAAGCAACUUUGGAGGUGGUGGAAGUUAUGAUGAUUCUGGCAAUUACAACAAUCAAUCCUCAGAUUUUGGAUAUGGAGGAAAUUUUGGAGGCAGAAGCUCUGGCCCCCAUGGUGGUGGAGGCCAAUACUUUGCCAAACCACGAAACCAAGGUGGCUGUGGUGGUUCCAGCAGCAGCAGGAGCUACGGCCGUGGCAGGAGGUUUUAAUUACUGCCAGGAAACACAGCUUAGCAGGAGAGCAGAGACAGAGAAAUGAGAGGAAAGCUACAGGUUACAACAGAUUUGUGAACUCAGCCAAGCACAGUGGUGGCAGGGCCUACCUGCUGCAAAGAAGACAUGUUUUAGGCAAUGCUCAUGUGUAUGGGCAAAAACUGAGGACUAAUUGUAUAACAGGUUAUUUUAGUUUCUGUUCUGUGGAAAGUGUAAAGCAUUCCAACAAAGGAUUUUAAUGUAGAUUUUUAUUUUGUACCCAUGUGGUUGAUUGCUAAAUGUAAUGGUCUGAUCAUGAUACUGAAUAAAUGUGUCUUAAAAAAAAAAAAAAUUGAGGGGCGCCUGGGUGACUCAGUUGUUAAGCGUCUGCCUUUGGCUCAGGUCAGGAUCCUGGGGUCCUAGAAUCGAGCCCCGCAUCGGGCUUCCUGCUCUGCGGGAAGCCUGCUUCUCCCUCUCCCACUCCCCCUGCUUGUGUUCCCUCUCUUGCUGUGUCUCUGUCAAAUAAAUAACAUCUUUAAAAAAUAAUUGAAGUUGAAUUUUUAAAAAUUAAAAUUCUAAUGAUUAUAUAUAUUUCUAAUAUAUGCUGAGCAGCAUUCUAAGUACUAUAAAUAUAUAACACUCAACAUUCUAUGUACCAGGCAAUAUAGAACAAUUAAUUACAUGUUUAAAUAUGGAAUCCCUUAAACUUAUUACUGAAAAAAAAAUUUAGGGGCUGGCUGGCUCAGUCAGUAGAGCAUGUGACUCUUGAUCUUGGGAUCGUGAGUUCAAGCCCUGUGUUGGGGGUAGAGAGUACUUAAGAAAAAAAAUUACAAGGUGGACAUUGUACCAAGUACUUUAUAGACAUCCAUUCUCAGAGAUUUACUGUGCCAUGUCCUGGUUGCUAGGUUAGGUGAUCAGAGGUAGAAAAAUAGUCUCAAGCAUACCUUCUUUUACUGCACUUUGAGAUACUGGGUUUUUUUGUUUCUUUUUGUUUCUUUUUAUAAAUUGAAGGUUUCUUGCAACCCUGUCAAGAGCCAUCUUUCUAACUGCAUUGGCUCACUUCAUGUCUCUGUAUCACAUUUUGGUAAUUACUGCAAUAUUUCCAACUUUUUCCUUAUUGUUACAUAUUUGCUAUGGUGAUCUAUGAUCAGCGAUCUUUGAUUUGACUAUGGAAAUGGUUUUGGGGCAUCACAAGCAGUGCCCAAAUAAGCUGGCAAAGUUAGUAAGUGCUGUGUGUUCGACUGCUCCCACAGUGGCCUUUAAGUCUUCAGGUGAAGUGAAGAGUUGCAUGUCUCUCACUUUAAAUCAAAAGCUAGAAAUGAUUAAGCUUGGUGAAGAAGGCACGGUAAAGGCCAAGAUAGGCCGAAAACUAGGACACGUUAGCUAAGUUAUAAACACAAAGGAAAAGUUCAUGAAGGAGAGGACAAGUGCUACUCCAGUGAACACAUGAAUGGCAAGAAAGCAAAACAGCCUUAUUGCUGAUACGGAGAAAGUGUGAGUGGUCUGGAUAGACUAAACCAGCCACAGCAUUCCCUUAAGCCAAAGCCUAAUCCAGAGCAAGGCCCUAAUGCUGUUCAAUUCUAUGAAGGCUGAAGAAGUUCGGGAAGCUGCAGAAAAAAAGUUGGAAGCUAGCAGAAGUUGGUUCAUGAGGUUCAUGUUUAUUCCAGGACAUAAAAGUACAAAGUGAAGCAGCAAGUGCUGAUGUAGAAGCUGCAGCAAGUUACCCAGAAGAGCUAGAUCUUUAAUGAAGGUGGUUACUAUACUAAACAAUAGAUUUUCAAUGUAGAUGAGACAGCUUCUAUUUCAAGAUGCCAUCUAGGACUUUCAUAGCUACAGAGAAGUCAAUGCCUGGCUGCAAAGGACAGGCUGAUUCUUGUUAGGGGUUAAUGCAGGUGGUGACUUAAAGUUGAAGCCAAUGCUCAUUUACCAUCUGAAAAUCCUAGGGCCUUAAGAAUUAUACCACUUACAGUGCCUGUGUUCUAUAAAUCAAACAACAAAACUUGGAUAGCACAUGUUUACAACAUAAUUUACUGAAUAUUUUAAGCCCACUGUUGAGAUCUACUGCUCAGAAAAAAAAAGAUUCUUUUCAAAAUAUGACUGCUCAUUGACCAUACAUCUGGUCACCCAAGGGCUCUGAGGGAGAUGUACAAGAUUAAUGUUGUUUUCAUGCUAACACAGCAUCCAUUCUGCAGCCCAUGAAUCAAAGAGUCAUUUAGACUUUCAAGUCCUAUUUACGAAAUACAUUUUGUAAGCUAUAGCUGCCAUGGAUAGUAAUUCCUCUGAUGGACCUGGGCAAACGUGAAAACCUUCUGGAAAAGAUAUACCAUUCCAGAUGCCAUUAAGAACAUUUGUGAUUCAUGUCAAGAAACCAAAAUAUCAGCACGAACAGAAGUUUGGAAAGAGCUGAUACCAGCCCUCAACGAUGACUCUGAGGGGUGCAAGGCUUCAGUGGAGGAAGUCACUGCAGAUGUGGUGGGAAUAGCAGCAAGAGAACUAGAAUGAGAAGUGGGGCCUGAAGACGUGACGGACUUGCUGCCAUCUCGGGAUAAAACUGUACUGGAUGAGGAGUUGCUUCUUACGAGCAAAGAAAGUGGUUUCCUGAGAUGGAAUCUACGCCUGGUGAAGAUGCUGUGAAGACUGUUGAAAUGACAGCCAAGGGUUUAGAAUAUUCCAUAAAGUUAGCUGAUAAAGCAGCAGCAAGGUUUGAGAGGAUGGACUGCAGUUUUGGAAGAAGUUCUACUGGGGGUAGAAUGCUGUCAAUAUAGCACUGCACGCUACAGAGAAAUGGUUCCUGAAAGGAAGAGUCGAUCACGGAGGCACACUUCACUGUGGUCUUAUUUCAAGCAAUUGCCGUAGACACCCCAAACUUCAGUAACCACCAUCCCCCAUCCCUCAGAGGCCCAUCAACACCGAGGCAAGACCCCCCGGCAGCAACAAGAUGACCACUUCGCUGAAAGCUCAGAUGAUGGUUAGCAUUUUUUAGCAAUAAAUUAUUUAAUUCAGAUAUGUGCAUUGUUUUUUGAGACAUAACACUAUGACACACCUAACAGACUAACGGUACAGCGUAAACAUAACUUUUCCAUGCUGAGGACACAAACUCAUUUGAUUCACUUUACUGCAGUCAUUGCUUCAGGUGGUGAUCUGGAACUGGAGGGGCAACAUCAGGUUUGUCUGUAUCGGCCUGAUGAAAUCGGUAGUCUACUCACUCCCACUGUCAGCUGAGGAAGUGGGUUUAUUGAGGAUAAGAGGCCCCUGGUCUCAGAGCUAGAAAGUGAGGAGGAGGAUGCAGGGCCCAGGUCCAGCAUUCAAGCUUUUAGCUGUCCUUGCGCCCUGCCUAUUCGGCAUUAGCCUGCAAGCGCCAACUAUUACUUUGUUUGUGUGUGUGUAAAACUUACUUGGAGUAGUGCUUGUAUUUCUUUUGCUUUUUCCAAGUUUGGAAAACCCAUCUGUGUAGAGAGGCUUCUUUCUUUCUGAAGGUACCUUUGAAUCUUCAUUACCUGAAUCGAAAGGUACAGAACUAAUCAAAGAUUUCAAAACAAGUUCUUCCUAUUAAGAAACGUCUAGUAGUUGGGGGUGCCUAGCUGGCUCAGUCAGAAUGUACGACUCCUGAAUUCAGGAUUGUGAGUUUGAGUCCCACAUUCGGUGUAGAGAUUACUAAAAUAAAUGAAACUUAAAAGAAAAAAAAAGGUCUAGAAGUUUUGG